AUGUCUCUUCCGCCGUCAUACCACGAAGGAGUCUCAUGUGACGGGUGUCUCAGUGGAAAUUUUUCCGGAAAUAGAUACAAGUGCCUUCGCUGCUACGAUUUCGACUUAUGUCAAGCAUGUUAUCUGAGCAAUCGGUUUCGACCAGAAGGAACAGACACAUCCUUGAUCCAUUCAGAGGAUCAUCCUGUGCAGAUGAUAAUGACUCAGAGAGAUUUCGAUGCUGUUUAUGAGGGUGAUGGAUCAAAAAACUACGAUGCUUGUCGGAUCGCAUCGUUCACCUGCCCCUAUUGCGGCUCAAAUGGUUUCAGCCUUCGUAGUUUCGCCAGCCACAUAUUGAGCGUACACGCUGAACCACCCGUGCCACGUGUUAAUGUGAUUUGUCCAAUGUGUAUUGCUUGUCCAGAAUUUGAUGCAAACAGAGAAAUCGAUAACCUGAAGACUCAUUGGACUGCAUUUCAUGCGAACCUUGAAGCAGCGACAUAUCGUGCGGAACCUACUCGGACGAACGCUCGUCGUCCGAUGCUAGCUAGACGGACUGCACGUCAGCCGGCAGGAAUCGGUGCAAAUCUGGGAGGUGGCAAUGUACCUGCUCCAACAGUUGGAGCAGGAUCUGGAGGCUCAGCAACAAUUGGUUUACCGCCAUGGAGUGCAGAUAUUGCCGAUGUAGACGAGAUGUUCAGGAUGGUAAACCUCACCAGACACAUACCAACAUUGCCUCACAUGCCGAUUGCUGCUGAAAUGCAACGUAUCAGCAACCAGUUAUUCCAACCUGUUUCGAACGGGGCAAAUCUUUUACCCGCUCUAAACUCUUUACGGAAUGUUGUAACGAGGAAUAGCGAGUACGCGCAGCCACGAAGCUCUAGUUCUGUCAGACAAACUUCUGUGGCGACGCCUGCCCCGCAAGUUGUUCGCCCACUUCGUGUGAUUCCUAUCUAUCCGCCCUCAGAUUCCCAAAUGGGAUCUCCCGAUGAACUAGAGCCUUUUGAAGAGUUGACAGAGGACGACUCAAGUGAUGCUGGAGCAUUCGCAGAUGAUGUUGACGUAACACAGGAUGAUAACGAUGACGAACACAGAUCCAAUGUGAUCAACGCUGGGAAGGUGGGCGUCGUCAAAAGUGGUCCCGAUUGUGACGACAACAAUUCCGCUGCACAUGGCGAUUCAGAUAGCGAAUUCGAGUUCUCACCUUCUGCCUAUGAUGAUAACGAGACGGGUUUGGAAACAGAACAUGCUGGACAUAGCACCUCUUUCCCGCAUACUGAGAAAAGUUCACUUCCAUUUGACCAACCGCUUUCAAAAAGAGAUAUCUGGCGAGCUCUUCGGUCGUCUCUUACGGUGGAGGAAAUGGAGACAUUUAAUAACGUGUUGCGGCGAGAACCAAGCAGAGACUUAGAUGAGAACGAGGACGCUCCUGCUGCGGGCAUGACUGGAAGGGAACGCGAAAGAGUAAAAGUAGAGGACGGCCAGGAGUCGCAGAGCUGGCUAAGUGUUAUCUACGAUGUACCACCUCUAUCAGCUUUCUCUAUGGGCAGUUAUUGGAACGAUAAGCGUUUUCUGAGACAAAGGAAAUUGCAUCGCGAAAUGAGUAUGGCAAGUGGAACGGAGUCCGUGUUAUGUAAAGCUGAUAUAGCACUUGCUUUCGUCCGCGAUAUUGGAGCCGUUCCUCCAAAAGGAAGAGAAUUCUCGAGUCCAGACAAUUCUUUGCGGCUAACUUUGGCUCAGCUCGAUAUACCUAACAUGGUCACUGGAGAAGACGGAAAUAGUCCAAAUAAUGACUCCGGAGCUGCAGAUCAAAUGAAACAAGAUGCUCUUCUUGUUGCAUCUCGACGACUUCAGUCAGAGUCUGAGAUUGUAGGAACAUCUGUAGGUGAACAAUUGGGCAUUGAGGUUCUACCAGAAACAAUUGGAGCCGCUUCAUCGCUACAGGCUGCAAAUUCGUCACAAGUCAGCGAUGGUGAGUCUUCUGAAGACGACGACGCUUCGGAACAAUCUGGCCGUCCCGACGAGGUCGAAUUUCUAACAACUGAUGCUGAACCGCGAUCAUAA